UCUGGCUGCGGCCGCCCGGGGUCGAGCUUGGCGGGGCCCGCGUUUGCUCGGGGCUCGGCCGGGCCCCCGGGGAGCGGCGGCGGGGCUGGAGGACGCGCCACCCGCGGUCUCCGGGGACGCGGGGACGCGGCGGGUGCGGAGGAGGGGCAGCGGGGCCCCUCCAGCCCCUCGACCCGGCUCCGCGGCCCGGAGCCUGUGGACCCCGCCGGACUCCCCGGGCACGCACGCCCCUGGACCCGCCCCGAAGCCGGCCGCGUCCUCCGCCUUCCGCGAAACGCUGGGACGGAGGAGGCCCUCCGUGGGCCGAUGCGCGGAGCGUCUCUCCCCGGGGGGCAUCGUGAGGACUAGAAAUGGCAUGAGCAGGGCCUAAUAUGGAGCUGAUACGUAGUGCUGGAGAAAUAACUACUCAGACGCUCCUCGGAGACGCACUGACUUUCAUUCCCUCUCUAAUGUACCUGUGAGAACCUCAGUGAAGACUUGGUCCUCCCCAGAGACAACUCCAUCCCGGAAACACUUCACCAAGAAGGACUUGCCAAGCCGGAUGAUGCCUGUCGAGCUGGGGCAGGCCUUGCUCCUGCUGCCGCCACUGGCAAAGGCCGAGGACUCCCCAUUCUCUGGACCAGAUGCCACUCCUCGAGGGGAGCUCUCUAACCCCGAGACUGCACGCCAGCUCUUCAGGCAGUUUCGUUACCAGGUGAUGUCUGGGCCCCACGAGACCCUGCGACAACUUCGGAAACUCUGUUUUCAGUGGCUGCAGCCAGAGGUUCACACAAAGGAGCAGAUCCUAGAGAUCCUCAUGUUGGAGCAGUUCCUGACCAUCUUGCCCGGGGAGAUCCAGAUGUGGGUGCGGAAACAGUGUCCAGGCAGUGGAGAGGAGGCGGUGACCCUUGUGGAGAGCUUGAGGGGAGACCCCCGGAGACUGUGGCAAUGGAUCAGCAUCCAGGUUCUAGGACAGGAAAUCUUAUCAGAGACGAUGGAAUCUGCAAGCUGCCAUGUGGGGGGAAUGGAGCGCCAUCUUGAAGUGAUGCCUCCAGAGCUGGGACUUCAUGACUCAACCUGCAGGCCUCUGGAGCCACCAGGCCAUACUGUGAAAGAGGAGUGUGACGUGGAACAAGAAUUAGCGAUGGCUGCUGCCCCACCUCCUGCCCCACCUGAGGAAAGGCUUAUCAGAGACCAGGACUUCGGAGCCUCCUUUCUGCAAGCAGCAUCUCCGGAGCAGUGGAGGCACCUGGAUUCCACUCAGAAGGAGCAGUACUGGGAUCUCAUGCUGGAGACCUAUGGGAAAAUGGUCUCAGGAGGCAUUUCCAGUUCCAAGUCUGAUCUGACUAAUUCCGCAGAGUAUGGGGAAGAACUGGCAGGAUUGCACCUUCAUGUCAGCGAGAAGAUCCCAAGACCCACCCUCAUAGGAGACAGGCAGGAGAAUGACAAAGAGAACCUGAAUUUGGAAAAUUGUAGGGGCCAGGAAACUUCCGACGUCUCCUGCCAAGUGUCAGGAGAGGCACCUUCGCAGGCUUCCUUGAGUGGCCUCCUCAGUGAGGAUGAACCAAGAUGCUUUGGAGAAGGGGACAGUCUCCCCGAGGCUCUGGAAAAUCUUCAAGGUGAGGGGCCAGUGGGCCAACUCUCGCCUCAAGGAAGGAAUUCUGGGAAACAGCAUUUGGCCAAUCCCCAUCCAGAACUGUCCCUGUUGUGGCUGGAGGAGAAGAGAGAGACCUCUCCGAAAGGGCAGCCAAGGGCCCCCAUGGCCCAGAAACUCCCCACCUGCAGGGAGUGUGGGAAAACAUUUUACAGGAAUUCUCAGCUUGUUUUUCACCAAAGAACUCACACCGGAGAGACGUACUUUCAGUGCCCCACCUGCAAAAAAGCCUUUCUGCGGAGUUCAGACUUUGUGAAGCAUCAGAGGAUCCACACAGGAGAGAAGCCUUGUAAAUGUGAUUACUGUGGGAAAGGCUUUAGCGACUUCUCAGGAUUGCGUCAUCAUGAGAAGAUCCACACGGGGGAGAAACCCUAUAAAUGUCCCAUCUGUGAGAAGAGUUUUAUUCAGAGAUCAAACUUUAAUCGGCAUCAGAGAGUUCACACAGGAGAGAAACCGUAUAAGUGUUCCCGCUGCGGGAAGAGUUUCAGCUGGAGCUCGAGCCUUGAUAAACAUCAAAGAUCCCAUUUAGGAAAGAAGCCCUUUCCGUAGGCAGGCUCCCAUAGCCCAGUUCUGGCCCUGGGCCGUUUAAAAAUACUUCGCCAUCUGGAGAAAUUGCAUCUCUUAAAGACCAGCCCUGUUCUCUCUCUCUCUCUCUCUCUCUCUCUCUCUCUCUCUCUCUCUCUCUCUCUCUCUCUCUCUCUCUCUCUCUCUCUCUUUCAUGGAUUAGAGAAUUACCUGAACACAGCUUUGAACUGGAAGGACAUGUUGGCCUCUGGGUUGGCUUUUGUGUUGGUUUAAUUUCUUCUGCAUCAGGAGAAAGAACAAUCUUCAUCUUUCAGCUCAUCUUUUGUUUUGAACCCCUUGGGGAGAAAAACAUAUCACUUGGAGUUCCUGUUUUACAAGUGCUGUCUGGGGAGUGUUUAACUGGAUCAGCUACAGUUGCUGCUCUUGGGAGGGGCCUCAGGUCAGCACUUUGGGGGUGGGGGUCCUAGAGCAGGUCUCCUGUUACAGUAGGGGCAGUAGACAGGGCCAGAGAGCUUGCAUGUGUUGUCAGACAGGUGCAAAAUUAACUUCAAAUGUCCCUCGUUUUAUAAAUAAACUUCUUAUAGUUGC